CACAAUCGAUUUCAACAUGGCGGAGUAGUUACGCGAUAAACUCUUUUAACGUCUUCCUAAAAUUGUUUUUUGUAAACUUUGUUAUGCGUGUAAAGGUGAAGAAUUGAAUAUUUUGGAUAGAGUGUGAUUCUUGAAAGGAUAACACUCUUGUGUUGGCAGUCAUGGCGGACACAGAACAGAGUAAAACGACGACGAAUCGGAUAAAAGCAGGAUCGAAAAGACAUGGAACGGGCAGUGCCGACCCGAAGAGCAAGACGCGUCUCGCCGCCUUGGCCCCCGGAGAGAAUCUGAAAGAGAAGCAGCAAAAGCUGAAAGAGGAGCGUGAAGCGAAGCGGGCCCGAAUCGAAGUGCGUCAUGAAUUUGUCAUGGAUGCCGUGGCAGACUCUCUCCAUCUGGAGAAGAGUGAUGUCGAGGAUGCCAUCUUGGAAGGCAAUAAUAUUGAGAAGAUGAACAAAUUCUUUGACUCUGAGACUGGUGUCAGUACACAUCUCAUGUUCUUCUAUCAAGAGCCUGAUACUGGGGAAAAUGGCACUAGGCAUGCUUGGAUGCAAGAUAGUGCUGGUGAGCCCAUGAGACUUGGCCCCCAGGGAACCAAGGCCAAGAGUAACAAACCUCGGGUCUAUGUAACCGAUGGCAACGACAUGCCACUCAAUGGAGUCUGUGUUUUCUUCCUGAGGGCCAAUACCAACAAACCUGUAAAUGAAGAGACCAUUCACAAGGAGCUGAUUUUUACAUCACUGGAUACUUCCGGCAUUGGCUUACUGAAUGCCGUAGAGAAGUACUUAGCAGACAUUAUCAUCCCCUUUCUCCGUACCAACACCAAUGGAUGGGGGCAGCUAGGUACCCCAGCUAACCAACAGGCACGUCAUGAUUUCCUGCUGAGCCUGGAGGCCUUUGUCUCCAUCCUAGGUGGAGCCAAGGACUCCCUGGGAGAGCGCAUGGAUCUCAAGAAGUGUGAGACGUACGACGUCUCCAAGCUCACCAAGGCGUCGGACCAGAUCGCUGUGGCUAACAGCACACAUGACCUAGAGAAGGUGGAGGAGAUCAUGGCCGUCUGGAUCAAACAAAUUGAACAGGUGCUGGCAGAAAGCGAACAAAUGAGGAAGGAGGCAGACAACAUUGGACCGCGAGCCGAGUUAGAUCAUUGGAAGAAACGCAUGUCCCGAUUCAACUACCUUCUAGAGCAGAUCAAGGGACCGGAGGUCAAGGCUGUGCUGGGUGUCCUGCAGGCCGCCAAGUCUCGCACUCUCAAGCAAAAAUGGAUGGAGCUUGAUCGCCGCAUCACCGAUGCAGCCAACGAGGCCAAGGAUAAUGUCAAGUUCCUCUACACUCUAGAGAAGUUCUGUGACCCUCUCUAUAACAGCGACCCUGUUGGUAUGGUAGAGACGAUUCCUGGCCUGAUCAACGCCAUUCGUAUGAUUCACAGCAUCUCCAGAUACUACAACACAUCAGAGAGAAUGACCUCACUCUUUGUCAAGGUGACCAACCAGAUGAUCACAUCCUGCAAGUCCUACAUCACCGACGCGGGCAUAUCCACCAUCUGGGAGCAACCGCGAGAAGAGCUAAUCCCCAAGCUCAAGAACUGCAUCACCCUGAACCACGAGUACCAGGCCUGCUUCCAGAAGACCAAGCUGAAGCUGGAGAGCAUGCCCAAGGAACGCCAGUUCGAGUUCUCCGAGAUGUACAUCUUUGGCAAGUUUGACACCUUCGAGCGUCGCCUGGUCAAGAUUAUCGAUAUGUUUGAUAUCAUCGAACGCUACUCCCAUCUGGCUGAUUCCCGUAUCGAAGGUAUGGACUCCCUGGCAAACCGUUUCACAGUGGUAUACACCUCCAUGAAGAAGAAGCCUUAUGAUCCUCUGGACCAGAGGAAAGCUGACUUUGAUUCAGACUAUGCAGACUUCAAGAGAUCCGUCAAUGACUUACUGAUUGCCGUCAAGAACUUCAUGAAUAACAUGCUGGACAAGAUCUACAAUGUACCGAGGGCACUCAUGACUCUACGAAAGUUUGAGAGAGUCGAUGUGCCAAAUCUUGGUAUCCAUGAGAAGUACGCCCAGAUCCUGCAGCGCUUUGGCCGGGAGAUCGAGAACACCUCCAAAAACUAUCAGCGCAACAAGAACGACCCUCCCAUCGGCCGCGACCUGCCUCCCAUCUCCGGCAAGAUCACGUGGGCGCGGCAGAUGUUCCGUCGCAUCCAGGAGCCGAUGGAUGCGUUCCAACAGCGCCCUCAGCUGCUAAAUGGCAACGAGGCUCGGCGCAUCAUCAAGAACUACAACAAGCUGGCCAAGGUCCUGAUGGAAUUUGAAGUGCUCUACCAGCGUGCCUGGUAUAGACAGGUUGAAGCCGUCAAGACUGGCCUCCACGCCUCCCUCCUGGUGCGCCACCCAGACACCCAGGAGCUCUAUGUGAACUUUGACCCUCAGAUCCUCACCCUCAUCAAGGAGACCGAAUGCAUGUAUCGUCUGGGGUUGGAGGUGCCCAUCGCAGCGAGGGCGAUCUUCCAGAAACAGAGCCUCUUCAAAGAGAACUAUAACAAACUCAAGCUUCUGUUGGAGGAGAACAAGCGAGUCUGCAGCAAGAUCCAACCAGCCUUUGAGCCCUUGAUGGAGACCCAUCUAGAUAAACUGAACAGGGUCCUUGACCCUGGUCUAACUGCCCUGACCUGGACCAGUAUGAACAUAGACCCGUUUGUAGAGGAUGUCUAUGCGGCUCUGGGUGAACUGGAGCUUUUGAUGGUUCGGGCCUCGGAUCUGUGUCAGUUCCGCAUCAAUGUAGUCCUGAAAGAGAUGAGCGAGAUCCAGCUCUGUGAGCUACCUGAAGACGAGGCCUGGACCACGGACCAGUUCCUAAAGAGGACCCAGGAGCUGUCUAACAAGGGAGCAGUCAUGCUCCAGGUGAAGAGUAUCCAGGUGGAGGAGGCCGCCAAUGAGCUCAUCAACAUGCUCCUGGCCGAGCCCGACGUGGAGGAGGAGGAGGAGGAGGAUGAGGAGAACGAAGAUGAAGAUGGUGAGAAGAAGCGUUCCAGCCCUACCCCGUCCCGCAUGAGUGCCCGUAGCCGGCCCGGUAGCAUGACAUCCCGCUCCCAGUCUGCGGCAGCCACGUCGGCAGCCAAGAAGCGCCGCGAGAAGCGGGAGCACCUUGAGGAAUCGGCCCAGGAGCUCCUAGCUCAUUUUAACCAUCGUAACCUUGACGCUCUUCUCAAGGUCACUCGCUCAACCAUGGAUGCCAUCAGGAAGAGGAUCACAUCGAGCUCUGCACUCAGCUACAUCUCUGUUGACCAGGGAGAAAACAAACGGAAGGAGAAUCCUUUCUUCCGCUGUGCGGUGGCACUGGCCAUUCCAAACAUCAUCAUGCAGCCCGCCCUCGACGAGGUCCAACAGACAGUCAACAAAGCCGCACAGAUGGUGCUGGGCGUGGCAAGGGGUGUGGCCCAGUGGAACAAGGAGCGAAAAUCCAAGGCCAAGCAAGAAGCUGACAUGCGUGCUGCAGCGUUACCUGACUCGGGUCGUCGUAGCAGUAUCUCAAGCAUGGCUGCUUCAGAGAGCUCUAGGAGUGAUAUCACCUCAACCAGGAAAGGUCGUUCAGAUGAGCUAGCUUCAGUCAACCUGGUGCCUCAAGUACAGGUCAAGAACUACUUCAAGAAUGUGAGCGAGAACAAGGAGAUCGCUAAGCUGGUCUCACUCCUCUCCACCUGCGUCAUGUCGACUAAGAAGGAGGUGAGUACUGCCCUGGAGCGGUUUGGACGCUACCAUCCCAUCUGGCAGAAGGAACGGUCCGAGACUGUCCAGGAGUUCCUUGCUCAGCAACCCAAGCAGAGUGACUUCCAGUCUACCAUUGUCCACUACAGGGAGCUGGAGGAGGCCAUCUUGGCUGAGCCUGACUUCUACAAUGUCGGUGCCAUUGCGCUCUACACAGAGAAGCUGAAGAUCUCACUGACAACCGAGACCAAGGCCUGGUGCGUGGCCUUCGGUAAGGCCUGCAACGAGAAGUACCGCACCAUGAUGGAAGGCAUCAUUGAUUUCAUUGAUGACUCUACCAAGAAACUCAACCGCCCUAUCAAGGACCUGGAUGACAUCCGUUUGGCCAUGAAGGCGCUAAAGGAUGUGAGAGAGAAUGAGAUCCGUAUCGAGAUGGCCAUUGGACCAAUUGAGGAAUCAUAUGCCUUGCUGAACAAGUAUGAGCUGCUGGUGGCCAAGGAGGACGUGGAGCGUGUGGACACCCUGCGUUACAGCUGGGCCAAGCUGAGCUCCCAGGCCACAGAGGUGUCACAUCAUUUGCUCUCUAUCCAGCCAAACUUCAGGGCAGGCUUGAUCGAAAGUGUCAAGACCUUCACCGUGGAUUGCAACAACUUCUACGAGUCUUACCAUGAUAAUGGUCCCAUGGUAACCGGACUACCUCCCAAGGAGGCUAGCGACCGCCUCCUCAUCUACCAGAACCACUUUGACAACCUCAACCGCAAGUUCAUCACCUACACCGGUGGCGAGGAGCUCUUCGGUCUCUCCGUGACGGAGUACCCGGAGCUCCUGGUGAUCCGCAAGGAGCUCAACCUCCUGCAGAAGCUUUACGGCCUCUACAAUGAUGUCAUCGACCGCGUCAACGGCUACUACGACAUCCUGUGGCUCGAUGUGGACAUUGAGAGCAUCAAUAAUCAGCUCAUUGAGUUCCAGAACAGAUGCCGCAAGCUGCCACGUGCACUGAAGGAGUGGCCCGCCUUUAACAUGCUUAAGAAGACCAUUGAAGAUUUCAACGAGACCUGCCCCCUCCUUGAGCUGAUGACGAACAGGGCGAUGAAGCCGCGUCACUGGCAGCGCAUGGCCGAUACCACCGGCCACGUCUUCGAGGUGGAGAGCGAGUCGUUCUGUCUCAGGAACAUCAUGGAGGCACCGCUGCUACAGAGCAAGGAAGAUAUUGAGGAUAUCUGUAUCUCAGCCGUGAAGGAGAAGGACAUUGAAGCCAAGCUGAAGGCUACGGUAGCGGAAUGGAGUGCCAGGGACCUGACCUUUGGUAACUUCAAGAACCGCGGAGAGCUGCUCCUCCGUGGGGACAACACGACAGAGAUCAUCGGUCUGAUGGAAGAUAGCUUGAUGGUGCUGGGAUCUCUGAUGAGUAACAGGUACAAUGCUCCAUUCAAGAAGAACAUCCAGCUGUGGGUUCAGAAUCUCUCAAACACCAGUGAGAUCAUUGAACAAUGGAUGCAGGUCCAGAACCUCUGGGUCUACCUGGAAGCAGUGUUCGUGGGUGGUGACAUCGCCAAACAGCUGCCCAAGGAAGCAAAGCGUUUCAGCAACAUUGACAAGUCUUGGGUGAAGAUCAUGACUAGAGCUCAUGAGAACACCAAUGUAGUCCAGUGCUGCGUCGGUGAUGAGACUAUGGGACAGCUUCUCCCUCAUCUCCUGGAACAGCUGGAACUCUGUCAGAAAUCACUCACAGGAUACUUGGAGAAGAAGCGUCUGCUGUUCCCAAGAUUCUUCUUCGUGUCUGACCCUGCCCUGCUGGAGAUCCUUGGACAGGCAUCAGACUCCCACACCAUCCAGGCCCAUCUCUUGAGUAUCUUUGACAACACCAAAACAGUCAGGUUCCAUGAGAAGGAUUAUGAUAGGAUCCUGGCUAUACAGUCUACAGAGGGAGAAUCUAUCGACCUUGACAAGGCCGUGAUGGCAUCAGGUAACGUUGAGCUGUGGCUGAUGCAGUUGAUGACGAUUGCCCAGAGAUCCUUACACGGUGUCAUCAAGACGGCUGCAUCGGCUGUACAGGAUUCCAGUCUGGAGAUCAUUGAGUUCCUCAACACAUACCAGGCUCAGAUCGGCCUCCUGGGUAUCCAGAUGAUCUGGACGCGGGAUGCCACAGAGGCCCUGAACAAUGCUAAGUACGAUCGCAAGGUGAUGCAGCAGACCAACAACGGUUUCCUGGAACUCCUCAACCUCCUCAUCGCUCAGACGACACGGAACCUCACCAAGGUGGAGAGGCGCAAGUUUGAGACCCUCAUCACCAUCCACGUGCAUCAGAGGGAUAUCUUUGAUGAUCUAGUUCGCAUGCACAUCAAGUCCACAACAGACUUUGAAUGGCUGAAGCAGUGUCGCUUCUACUUUAACGAGGACAAUGACAAGAUGCUCGUCUCCAUCACCGAUGUGGACUUCAUCUACCAGAAUGAGUUCUUGGGAUGUACAGAACGUCUUGUCAUCACCCCACUCACUGACAGAUGUUACAUCACCCUAUCUCAAGCCCUUGGUAUGAGCAUGGGCGGGGCACCUGCCGGCCCCGCUGGUACCGGUAAGACCGAGACCACCAAGGACAUGGGACGAUCCCUCGGCAAGUACGUGGUGGUCUUCAACUGCUCCGAUCAGAUGGACUACAGAGGUCUGGGACGUAUCUACAAAGGUCUUGCUCAGUCAGGCAGCUGGGGUUGUUUUGAUGAGUUCAAUCGUAUCGACCUUCCUGUACUGUCUGUGGCUGCUCAGCAGAUUGCCAUCGUUCUCACGGCCAAGAAGGAACGGAAGAAGCAGUUCAUCUUUACAGAUGGUGACAUGGUGGACAUGAAUCCAGAGUUUGGUCUUUUCCUGACUAUGAAUCCUGGAUACGCCGGUCGUCAGGAGCUGCCUGAGAACCUGAAAAUCAACUUCAGGACGGUAGCUAUGAUGGUUCCUGAUCGACAGAUCAUCAUCCGUGUCAAGCUGGCUAGCUGUGGUUUCAUGGAUAAUAUCAUCCUGGCUCGCAAGUUCUAUACCCUAUACAAGCUCUGCGAGGAACAGCUUACAAAGCAGGUUCACUAUGACUUUGGUCUGCGUAACAUCCUGUCUGUCCUUCGUACCCUUGGAGCUUCUAAGAGAGCUAACCCAGAUGACAGUGAGAAUACCAUCGUGAUGAGAGUCUUGAGAGAUAUGAACCUCUCCAAACUGGUGGAUGAGGAUGAGCCAUUGUUCUUGUCCCUGAUCAACGAUCUCUUCCCCGGCAUCGUCCUGGACAAGGCCGGCUACCCUGAGCUUGAGACAGCCAUUGGGAUGAGGGUAGAGGAGAUUGGCUUGGUCAACCAUCCGCCUUGGACGCUGAAGCUGAUCCAGCUCUUUGAGACCCAGCGAGUGCGUCACGGCAUGAUGGCCCUGGGACCCAGCGGGGCAGGCAAGACCUGCUGCAUCCACAACCUGAUGAAAGCGAUGUCAGACACCGGGGCGCCACACAAGGAGAUGAGGAUGAACCCUAAGGCUAUCACAGCCCCGCAGAUGUUCGGCAGGCUGGACGUCGCAACCAAUGACUGGACCGACGGCAUCUUCUCGACCCUCUGGAGGCGUACGCUUCGGUCCAAGAAAGGUGAGCAUGUCUGGAUCGUACUGGAUGGUCCGGUAGAUGCCAUCUGGAUCGAGAACCUGAACAGUGUGUUGGACGACAACAAGACCCUCACCCUGGCCAAUGGUGAUCGUAUCCCAAUGGCACCCAACUGCAAGAUUGUCUUUGAGCCUCACAACAUUGACAACGCCUCCCCUGCCACCGUGUCCCGUAAUGGUAUGGUCUACAUGAGCAGCUCUGCUCUGGACUGGAGACCCAUUGUUGGGGGUUGGCUGAUGGGCAGGAACCUAGCUGAAGCGGAAACACUUCGUAAUCUCUUUGACCGAUCGUUUGCGGCCAUCUUGCAGUACUCGGUCAAUAAUCUUAUCUUCAAGAUGAACGUCCUGGAAUGCAUGAUCAUUACACAGGCGAUCAACCUCCUGAAAGGCCUGAUCCCCACCAAGGAGGACAAGGACCAGGGGCUUUCCCCUGACCACCUGGAGAAGAUCUACAUCUUCUGUGUCAUGUGGAGCGUGGGAGCCCUGAUGGAGCUGGACGAUCGCUCCAAGAUGGAGCAGUUCAUCCGAGGCAACGAGGACAUCAAGCUCAACCUUCCGGCCAUCCCGCCUGGCUCGGACCACACCAUGUUUGACUACUUUGUGGACAAUGAAGGUAACUGGGCUCAUUGGGAUAAGAGAGUAGAAGACUGGGUCUAUCCUUCCGACUCCACUCCAGAGUAUGGCUCCAUCUUGGUGCCCAACGUUGAUAAUGUUAGAACAGACUUCUUGAUUCAGACCAUCAGCAAACAGUCCAAGGCUGUGCUGUUGAUUGGUGAGCAGGGUACAGCUAAGACUGUCAUGAUCAAGGGUAACAUGGAUAAGUACAACCCAGAGGAACACGUGGCUAAGAGUUUCAACUUCUCAUCAGCCACUACGCCUAUGAUGUUCCAGAGAACCAUUGAGAGCUACGUUGACAAGCGUGUAGGUAACACCUACGGACCUCCAGCUGGGAAGAGAAUGACUGUCUUUGUUGACGACAUCAACAUGCCCGUCAUCAAUGAAUGGGGUGACCAGAUCACUAACGAGAUCGUGCGUCAGAUGAUGGAGUUCAGUGGGUUCUACAAUCUUGAGAAGCCCGGAGACUUCACCAUCAUUGCAGACAUCCAGAUGAUGGCUGCUAUGAUCCAGCCUGGAGGAGGGCGCAACGACAUCCCACAGCGCCUCAAGAGACAGUUCUCCAUCUUCAACUGCACGCUGCCCUCUAAUUCCUCCAUCGACAAGAUCUUUGGUGUGAUUGGAACUGGUCACUACUGUGAGGAUAGACGCUUCCCUGCUGAUGUCCGAGACCUGGCCAAGGCUCUUGUUCCUAUCACUAGACGUCUCUGGCAGUUGACAAAGAUUAAGAUGUUGCCUACGCCUGCCAAGUUCCACUACAUCUUCAACCUGCGUGAUCUGUCUCGUAUCUGGCAAGGCAUGAUCAACACCCUCAGUGAGGUGGUGACUAAACCUGACGUCCUGCUGUCUCUCUGGAAGCAUGAGUGCCUUCGAGUGAUCUCAGACCGCUUCACCAACCCUCAGGACUGCGAGUGGUUCAGCAAGACCAUCACGCGUGUCGUCCAGGAGGAGCUGGGAGACGUCAUGGCCACUGUGUGCCACGAGAAUCGCUACUUUGUGGACUUCCUCAGGGACGCUCCCGAAGCAACCGGAGACGAGCCAGAAGACGCUGACUUUGACAUGCCCAAGAUCUACGAGCCCAUCUCAUCCUUCCCGGAUCUGGAGGAGAGGCUGCAGAUGUUCAUGUCUCUGUACAAUGAGCAGGUCCGUGGAGCCGGGAUGGACCUGGUCUUCUUCAAGGAUGCAAUGGUACAUCUUGUCAAGAUCUCUCGUAUUAUUAGCACCCCACGUGGCAACGCCUUGCUGGUUGGUGUUGGAGGCUCAGGUAAACAGAGUUUGACUCGCUUGGCAUCUUUCAUCGCUGGCUACAAGACUUUCCAGAUCACACUGACAAGAUCUUACAACACGUCAAACUUGAUGGAAGAUCUGAAGACACUGUACCGUGUGGCCGGACAGCAAGGCAAGGGUAUCACAUUCAUCUUCACAGACAAUGAGAUCAAAGAUGAAAGCUUCUUGGAGUACCUCAACAAUGUCCUUUCAUCAGGAGAGGUGUCUAACCUGUUUGCUCGUGAUGAGAUUGAUGAGAUCCAGCAGGAGUUGAUUCCAAUCAUGAAGAGAGAGUACCCCAGGAGACCUCCUACAGGAGAGAACCUCUAUGAUUACUUCAUCACCAGGUCCAGGCAGAACCUCCACACUGUCCUCUGCUUCUCACCUGUUGGGGAGAAGUUCAGGAACAGAGCCCUCAAGUUCCCUGGUCUCAUCUCUGGUUGUACAAUGGAUUGGUUCAGCCGCUGGCCGAAGGACGCUCUCAUCGCCGUGUCCCAUCACUUCCUGAAAGUCUUCGAUAUCGUCUGUACCGAUGACGUCAAGAGACAGGUGGAGCAGGCCAUGGGUACCUUCCAAGACGGUGUGGCCGAGUCCUGCGUGGAUUACUUUGAAAGAUUCCGACGCGCCACUCACGUGACGCCCAAGUCCUACCUGUCCUUCAUCGAAGGCUACAAGAACAUCUACUCCGGCAAGUACCAGGAGAUCAACGAGCUCUCGAGGCGUAUGACCACAGGCUUGGACAAGCUGGUCGAAGCUUCGGCGUCGGUGGCUGAGCUCAGCAUAGAGCUAGCUGUCAAAGAAAAGGAUCUGGCAGUGGCAUCCAAGAAGGCAGAAGAAGUGUUGGCCGCUGUGGCAGUCAAAGCUACGGCAGCCGAGAAGGUCAAGUCUCAGGUCCAGAAGGUCAAGGACAAAGCUCAAGCCAUUGUAGAUGAAAUCAAUAUUGACAAGGCAUCAGCAAUGGGCAAGCUGGAGGCAGCCAAACCAGCCCUGGAGGAGGCAGAGAAAGCGCUCAAUACCAUCAAACCUGCUCACAUCUCCACCGUGCGUAAGCUUGGCAAGCCUCCCCAUCUCAUCAUGCGCAUCAUGGACUGUGUAUUGCUGCUCUUCCAGAGGAGGAUCAGUCCAACUAGUCUCGACCCUGAGAGGGAUAGCCCUACUCCAUCCUGGUCAGACUCCCUCAAGUUGAUGGGUGGUUCAGGGUUUCUUCAGGGUCUGUUGAACUUCCAGAAGGACAGCAUCAAUGAGGAGACAGUGGAGCUGCUAGAACCUUACCUCAGAAUGGAAGACUUCACCUUAGAGACGGCCAAGAAGGUGUGUGGUGACGUAGCUGGUCUGUGCUCCUGGGCCAAGGCUAUGUCCUUCUUCUUUGGUAUCAACAAGGAGGUACUCCCCCUCAAGGCUAAUUUAGCCGUGCAGGAACAGAGACUUGGCAGAGCCAACAGUGACCUUGCUCAAGCUCAGGGCCAGCUGGACGCCAAGCAGGCUGAACUGGACGAGGCCCAGGCUGAGUAUGACGCUGCUAUGAAACUGAAACAGGAUCUUCUGGAUGAUGCGGACAACUGCCGAAGGAAGAUGGACGCAGCCUCCACCCUGAUCAGUGGUCUGGGAGGAGAGAAAGAAAGAUGGACACAAGCCAACAAGGAAUUCAAGGCACAGAUUGGCAGGUUGGUUGGUGAUGUCCUGAUGGCUACCGGUUUCUUGUCCUACUCUGGACCCUUCAACCAGGAGUUCCGUAGCAAGCUCCUCAAGGACUGGCAGAAGGAGAUGAAGACCAGGAAGAUCCCCUUCACGUUAAACCUCAAUCUGAUUGAGAUGCUCGUGGAGAACACAACAAUUGCAGAGUGGAACCUACAAGGUUUGCCCAACGAUGAGUUGUCUAUCCAGAACGGUAUCAUCGUCACCAAGGCGUCUCGUUUCCCUCUGCUUAUCGACCCUCAAGGGCAGGGUAAGAUCUGGAUCAAGAAUAGAGAGGCUGCUAAUGAGAUGCAGGUCACGUCCUUGAACCACAAGUACUUCAGGACCCAUCUUGAGGAUUGCCUGUCCCUAGGGCGCCCUCUGUUGAUAGAAGACGUGGGUGAAGAGCUGGACCCAGCUCUGGACAAUGUCCUGGAGAAGAACUACAUCAAGAGUGGUAGCACGUUCAAGGUGAAAGUGGGAGACAAGGAAGUGGACGUGAUGGAGGGCUUCCGUCUCUACGUCACCACCAAGCUUCCCAACCCAGCCUACACACCUGAGAUCAGUGCCAAGACAUCCAUCAUUGACUUCACCGUCACCAUGAAGGGUCUGGAGGAUCAGCUCCUGGGCAGGGUUAUCCUCACAGAAAAGAGUGAGCUUGAAGCAGAGCGUACCAAACUUGUGGAGGAUGUCACUGCCAACAAACGGAAGAUGAAAGAGCUUGAGGACAACCUCCUCUACCGUCUGACAAGCACGCAGGGCUCCCUCGUUGAUGAUGAAUCGCUCAUCACCGUGCUUCAGGUCACCAAGACGACGGCCGAAGAGGUCAGUCAGAAGCUUCAAAUCGCUGCUGAUACAGAGGUCAAGAUCAACCUCGCAAGAGAGGAAUUCAGACCAGUGGCCACUCGAGGUAGCAUCCUGUACUUCUUGAUCACUGAGAUGAGUAUGGUGAAUGUCAUGUACCAGACAUCUCUCAAGCAGUUCUUGGGCAUCUUUGAUCUCUCCAUGGCUAAUUCUACCAAGAGUCCAAUCACAACUAAACGUAUUAAUAACAUCAUUGACUACAUGACGUUUGCUGUCUUUAAGUACGCUGCCAGAGGUCUCUAUGAGGAUGAUAAGUUCAUGUUCACCCUUCUUCUCACACUCAAGAUUGACCUCCAGGGUGGAAAGGUCAAACAUGAAGAGUUCAUGACCCUGAUCAAAGGUGGUGCCACCUUGGACCUUAACGCCUGCCCUACCAAGCCGUCCAAGUGGAUCCUGGACAUCACCUGGCUCAACCUGGUGGAGCUCAGCAAACUCAAACACUUCUCUGAGGUCAUCAACCAGGUCAGCCGCAACGAGAAGCAGUGGAAGCACUGGUUCGACAAGGAGGCGCCCGAGGAGGAGGCGAUACCGGACGGGUAUCAUCAGUCCUUGGAUGUCUUCAGGAAACUGCUGCUGAUCAGGUCAUGGUGUCCAGACAGGACGUUGGCUCAGGCUAGGAAGUAUAUUGCCGACUCCAUGGGAGAGCGUUACUCGGAGGGUGUGAUCCUGGACCUGGAAGCCACCUUUGAUGAGUCUGACCCAAGGAACCCUCUGAUCUGCUUCCUAUCCAUGGGAUCCGAUCCAACCAACAUGAUCGAAGGUCUGGCCAAGAAGAGGAAGUUUGACUGCCGCUCCAUCUCUAUGGGACAGGGUCAGGAGGUCCAUGCCAGGAGACUCCUGCAGCAGUUCAUGGCCAAUGGUGGAUGGGUGUUGCUUCAGAACUGCCAUCUGUCUCUGGACUUCUUGAAUGAACUGAUGGACUGCAUUAUAGAGACUGAGGUUGUACAUGAAGACUUCAGGCUGUGGAUGACUACAGAGGUUCACAAGAGCUUCCCUAUCAGUCUGCUACAGAUGUGCAUCAAGUUCACCAACGAGCCUCCCCAGGGGAUCAAGGCGGGGCUGAAGCGUACCUAUGCGGGGAUCACCCAGGACCAGUUGGACGUCUCCAACAUGCCCCAAUGGAAGCCUAUGCUGUACGGUACAGCCUUCCUCCACACCACGGUGCAGGAGAGGCGCAAGUUUGGCCCCCUGGGGUGGAACAUCCCCUAUGAGUUCAAUGCAGCCGACUUCAGCUCCACUGUGCAGUUUGAGCAGAAUCAUCUGGAUGACAUGGACAUCAAGAAGGGCGUGUCCUGGUCGACGGUGCGCUACAUGAUCGGCGAGAUCCAGUACGGUGGCCGUGUGACUGAUGACUACGACAAACGGCUUCUCAACACCUUUGCCAAAGUAUGGUUCAGCGAGGCCAUGUUCAGUCCGACCUUUUCAUUCUACAAGGGUUAUGCCAUCCCCAAGUGCAGCAACUGUAAUCAGUAUAUCGAGUACAUCAAUAGCUUACCUCUUGCUGAUACUCCAGAAGCCUUCGGACUUCACCCCAAUGCGGAUAUCACAUAUCAGAGCAACACUGCCAGGACCGUGCUAGGAACCAUCCUCAGUAUCCAGCCAAAGGACAGCGGUAGUGGAGGUGGAGAGACCCGUGAGGUCACUGUCACCCGGAUGGCUGAUGACAUGCUUGACAAGCUCCCUGUGGACUACAUCUCCUUCGAGGUGCGGGACCGUCUCCAGAAGAUGGGGGCUCUCAUGCCCAUGAACAUCUUCCUCAAACAGGAGAUCGAUCGGAUGCAGAGGGUCAUCUCUCUCGUCCGAAACACCCUGACCGACCUCAAGCUCGCUAUCGACGGCACCAUCAUCAUGAACGAGAACCUGCGUGAUGCCCUGGAUAGUAUGUUCGAUGGGCGUAUCCCGGUUACCUGGAGCAGGAUUUCCUGGGCGUCGUCCACCCUAGGUUUCUGGUUUACAGAGCUUCUUGACAGGAACAAGCAGUUCCAUGCGUGGUGCUUCGAUGGAAGGCCAAACACUUUCUGGAUGACUGGAUUCUUCAACCCUCAGGGAUUCCUGACUGCUAUGAGACAGGAAGUGACACGAGCUCACAAGGGCUGGGCUUUAGACAGUGUGGUCCUCCACAACGACGUCACCCGCUUCCUCAAAGACGACAUCAGCCAGCCACCGCAGGAGGGCGUCUACGUCUACGGCCUGUUCCUAGAGGGCGCUAGCUGGGACCGACGCGGUUGCCGCCUCAUAGAGCCCAAACCCAAGGUCCUCUUUGAGCCUCUCCCGGUCAUCCAUAUCUACGCUAUCAACAGCACGCAGGGUCGCGACCCACGCAUGUAUGAGUGUCCGAUCUACAAGAAGCCCGUCAGGACGGACCUGACGUACAUCGCUCCCGUAGAGCUGAAGACAACCCAGAACCCUGAUCACUGGAUCCUCAGGGGGGUAGCUUUGCUCUGUGACAUCAAGUAGAUCCCUUCAACAUACCUCCUCAUCUCCUUCUAUAUUGUCAUCUUCAUUGCAUGCUCUGACCCAGUGGUUCAUGACCUUUGACCUUAGUGUCCUUGUGACCCCAUUUAGCAUACCUUUUCAGGGCCGUUACUUCCAAAUCGCACUUCUUGGCCAGUGCUGUUGUUCUUAUUCAUGUAAUCGACUCGACAUACACAUGAAGAUUAAAUGGAAUUCAGUUUUUAAUGACCCAUUUUCCGCCCUCCCUCCCCCCCCCCCCCCCCGAAAAAAAGCACAGUAACCCCUAUAGAGGUCACGAUCCCCAAGGUUAAGAACCACUGGUAUAUUCUCAGAGAUCCUUUGCAUUUACAUGUAUCUGCAGCUUUUUUUAUCAUAUAUCAUGCAAGAAUAGAACUCCAAUGCUCAUAUCUGUUUUUGUUCAUAUUACUUUCAUCUUGCAUAUAGAUCAUCGACGUAGAUGUAUAUGAUUAUCUGCAUACCGGUAUCAUUGUAUAUCCUCCGUUGAGCGCCAGAAGGGCGUUAGCUCUGUCUGUGUCAAAGUGAAUAAACCAAUGCCCUUCUCGCUUCCAGCGGAUGAUAUAUACGUGAGACAUGUCUAUUUUGUAUAUAUUCAAUCAUGAUUCGCAUUCCAGUAGCUUGCAUUUACUUUCAUGUUUAUAUAUAGCUGUAGAAUAUUCAUGAACAUGCUUAUCUGCAUUUGAUGUGCUUCAGUUCAAUUAUGCUUGUGUCUUCCCCCAAAUAAGAACAAAUCAAUAUGUUACCAAAACCUUUUGCUUUUUCUUUUAAUCAGUGGAUAUUAUGAAGAAUUGAAUCAUUUCAUAACAAAACAUACCUCCCAGUGACAUGAAAUCUGCCAAAAAUGCUGCCCAAUACAUUAGCAUCUAGCUCAACAUUUUUUUAAUAGCCUGUGUUACCUCCUUUUUGCUUCAAUGAAUUAUUUAGAUCACAUAUAUUGUACAAAUCCUAAUCCGGAUUAAUUGCAUGAAGUUCAUAUAUAUAUUGUCUAUUCAAGUUGUGAAAAUCUUAUGAUAAAACAGGUAAAGCAUAACGAUUCAAUCAUGUCACCGUAAUUGUAAAUACACUAUCUUUUUAAUCAUCAUAUUAAUUAUAUAUUUAUAUCACCAUUUGAUAAUUCACCAUGUAAUAUUUCUAUCCAUGCACUUUUUUCCUGAUCAGAAUAUAUAUGUAUUUUUGUAAAUUCCAUUCAAGCGCCCUAUUUUUGUACGUUUUAAAAAUCAUGUAAUACCCUAUUAUAUAUACUGUAGCAUUUAUUCCAUUAUUCCAUCCCUUUCUCCUGCUAAAUUUCACAAUCUAGGACAUUCACCGUUGUAAGAGAUUGUACUUCUUGUAUGUUUAUAAUGAUUUUUUGUGUGUGCAUCUUUUCUAUGAAAACCUAUGCAAACCAAUUAAAGUCCAUUUUUCAGGCAUUCAAUAAAAAACUCACCUUGAAAAAUUUGUGUGAUUAUUAUCAUUCCGGCCUUUUCCACAGUUUAGCAUGAUGUAAGAAAAUGUAUGUUUUCUCAGCUUAAUACAUUUUUAAAAAAUCUCUAUUUUGAGUCAACAAACAUAUGUACUUGUCUUAUCAAUUGUAUUGCCUUUCAGUAUGUAUUGUCUCAUAUAUUUUCAUAUUCAUACCAUUUCAUAGUUGUAAUAUAUAUAUAUAUAUAUAUAUAUAUAUUAUGUUAUUGAUUGUCUUGAAGUUGUUUUGUUUUUAAAUUGUAGCAGAGUGUGUGCUUAUAUUUACUUCCAGAAACGUUUUGUAAAAGCCUGUAUUCCAUCCUCUUUCAUGAACUAUAUUCUCAUUAGGCAGCUUAUAUAUAUAUAUAUAUAUAUAUAUAUGUAUGUGUAUUCAAAGGCCUCUGUCAAGAAAGCUAUGCAUAUACCUGAUACAUGUCAUUUUCCAUGCAGUAUAUUGCAUCAUGUAUUCAUAUCCUUAUACACUUGAGCACUGUAUCUAUUUGAUUACCUGAUCUAUUCCAUGAUAUAUAUUAUUCUCAUAUAUGUGCAUCUUUCAUAGUUACUGCCCAGAAAAUAUAUGCAUACCUGGGCCCCAUCUUAUAAAAAGUUGCCAUAUUGACUCAAACCUAUCGCAACCUGAAAUGAAUCGCAAAUCCUAUCUCUUAAGUACAUAGUUGCGAUUAAUUUCAAGUUGCGAUGGAUUUGAGUCAAUCCUAACUCUUUAUAAGAAAAGACCCUGAUAUUUCUUUUUUUCAUGCAAUAUACUACACCUUGUAAGUGUGUUUGUAUAUGUUACACUUCGACCUGUAUCUAUCUCAUUUUCUUCAGAUAUAUAUUAUACAUACAUGCAUCUUAUUUACUCUUGUGUUACAUUCCGUACAUCUUGAAGCCCUGUUCUGUCAUCUUUGCAUCUUAUUGCAUCAUAUUCCCGGGGUAAGGGUGAUACUUGACGUCACUUUGUAAUCUAACCCUCCUUUGUAUCACAGCACACGGAGGUCAUCCUGGGUUUACUUCAAAACUAUGGUUUAAAUGUAAUGUUAACACAUUUUCUAAUUAUCUAUACGUGAAGCAUUUCAAAAAUCAGCUCAACACGAAAGAAAAUGGCUGCCAUUUUUUAAACUAUUAUUUUUUGUACAAGAAUUGAGACAUCGGGUAAUUUUGUUUCAUGGAUAUAAAUGAGUUCAAUGGAUUAUUUUCUUUAUUUUACAGCUUGUACUUGAUAAGAAACAGAAUGAACAAAGUGAAAGGUAGAAAAAUGUUGAUCAAGGUUUGCAGUGGGCAGUAUUCAUACGAUUCAAAAAUUGUGUCUAGAUUCAUUUGAUCGAUGUAUGAUUCUAUUUUGUGAAAUAAAAUUAAAACAAAAAAGAAUGCAUCAAAAACAGAAGAACAAAUGAAUGUAUUUGAACAAGUGGUUUGAAAUUAUAAACAAAAGUGAUUUGAGGAUAUAGUACAUGAAAGUAUAUAUGAAAUCGAACAUUCCAUUGAAAUUGGAUUGCUGUAUUUGUGUGUGUUUAGUAUCAUUGUAUGUUGUGCAUGUAAACUGUGUAUCAAGUUCAUUAAUCAAAAAGACACAAUUAGUUAUAAUGAAUUGUAAUCUCCUAUGUAUCAAAUAUUAAAGAAGUAAAAAUGUAGAUGUGUGCAGUUACAGUGUAGUACCGUAGUUGAAACGCCUUUAAUUUAAUAUAUAAAAUAUAUAAAUAUAAACUAAAACUAUGUUUGAUUGAAGCAUAUGUAGUUUUGUUUGCUGAGUAUUGUUACUAACACUGUAAUCUAAUCUAUGUACCUUGACAAAUUGUGAAAAUUGAUUCAAUCAUUGAUAUGAUGUGAAUAUCUAUGUAGCUUCUGAAGAUGUAACAAUUACAGCAAGAAUUUUUGCUUGCCACAAUAUCAGGAUGUACUAAUAUUUUAAUAAAAUAUUUGUGAUUGCUA